AUGUCUGUUCCUUACCUCAUGAACAGCCCUACUGGCCAUCUCCCUGCAUCAGAGAGAAUCCCCGUGAUUGCACGGCCUUGGGUGAGCGAACGGGCGAAGAAGACUCUAGAUCUGGUUGAGCGAUUCGUCGAAGAAGAAUGUAUCCCAGCGGAUGCCGUCUUCCAGCAACAGAUUGGCGAGGGAACAGUUGCCCGCUUCGACGCACACCCAAAGGUAAUCGAGGACCUUAAAGCCAAAGCCAGAAAACUUGGGCUGUGGAACAUGUUCCUGCCCAAGAACCACUUCAAGGAGGGCGCUGGCUUCAGCAAUCUUGAGUAUGGCUUGAUGGCAGAAUACUUGGGCAAGAGUAUUACCGCCAGUGAAGCCACCAAUUGUGCCGCCCCAGAUACUGGCAACAUGGAGGUGUUCGCAAAGUAUGGCACCGAGGAGCAGAAAAAGCAGUGGCUUGGCCCUCUACUGAACGGCGAGAUUCGAUCUGCUUUCUUGAUGACCGAGCCGCAAGUUGCCAGCAGUGACGCUACAAACAUUGAGCUCAAUAUGAGGAAGGAUGGUGAUUACUGGGUUCUCAACGGUCAAAAAUGGUGGUCUAGCGGGGCUGGCGACCGCCGAUGUAAGAUUUAUAUCGUCAUGGGAAAGUCAGACCCAAACAACAGCAACGUUCACAAACAGCAAUCCGUCAUCCUUGUCCCCGCAGACGCACCUGGCGUCACUAUCGACCGCAUGCUUUCAGUCAUGGGUUUCGAUGAUGCGCCUCACGGCCACGGUCACAUUACCUUCAAGAAUGUCCGCGUCCAUAAGAGCAACAUGGUCCUUGGAGAGGGUCGUGGUUUUGAGGUUGUCCAGGGACGUCUCGGACCAGGUCGCAUCCACCAUGCAAUGAGAUCUGUUGGCUCCGCCGAAAGAGGCCUGGAAUACUUCCUUGCUCGGUUGAACGACCCAGCGAAGCGACCUUUCGGGAAGCAGCUAUCUGAGCACGGCAUCAUGCUCGAACGUGUUGCCAAGUCACGGAUUGAAAUUGAUUCGGCACGUCUCGCAGUUCUGAACGCCGCCAUAAAGAUCGAUCAGUCAAACGCGAAAGACGCGCUCAAGGAGAUCGCCGAAGUCAAGGUCCAAGUUCCCAACAUGCUUUUGGAGGUCCUUGACCGCGCCAUCCAGGCGUACGGCGGUGCAGGUGUCUCUCAGGACACUCCACUAGCACAGAUGUGGUCCUCGGGUCGGACGAUGAGAAUCGUGGAUGGCCCUGAUGAGGUGCAUAUGCUCCAGUUGGGACGGAAUGAAAACAAGAGGGGCCCUAACUUACUGAAGAGAAUCCAGGCUCAGAAGGAGAAGACGAGGGAGCUCCUCAAGUUCUACGGCCUCCAGGAGAGGGAUGUCUUGGAAUUGAACCGUGUGAACGGUGGCCAGUCCAAAUUGUAG